GACGCGGGCGUUCGCAAUAUUUAGAUUCAAGUUUACUUUAUAGUGUUUACACAAAUUACAAAUUAUUUAUACGAUUAGUGUCAUAUUAAUUAUACUGGUGGUGAUAAUAAAUGGAUUGGUUUACGUGUUUUGUAAUUUUUGUGAGAUGGUGAUAGUGCUUAUUAGGUUGAUUGGUGAUUUAGAUUAGGGUGCUCAUGGUUUGUAGUAUACAUAAUAAAGCCUGUGUAAAUGUGAAAACCAUUGAUGUGUCCAUGCCAUUUAGCUAAUGGAUCCAAUUUGAUUUAUAAUAGUGGAUACAACAUAAGUGAGGAUGUCACGAUACGACAUUCGUGUGGUGUAUCCUCCGCCGCCUCCUAGCAAGUGUGCAAAGUUCCUGUACUACACAUGGAAACUAUGCUCGGUGGUGUUCUCCCAUUUCGUGAUGAUCAGCCUGGUGGUGGCGUACUGCAUCCUCGGAGCCGUCACCUUCGAGAAGCUGGAGUCGCAGCAUGAGCGAGAGGUAAAGCAGAACAUCUCUCAAAUCCGAGGCAAUACGACACACAGCAUCUGGAUGAUGACGAACAGAGUGUCGUACCUCAACCAGGCCAACUGGACCGCGGAGGUGGUGGAUAUGUUGAGGGACUUCGAGAACAGCAUUCUCCUGGAGAUGAAGGUCCGUGGUUGGGACGGCAACGAAAGCACCGAUCACAUCCAGUGGACCUUCACUGGAGCUCUCUUCUACUCCAUCAUCGUAAUCACAACCAUCGGCUACGGACACAUCGCACCAAAAACCCAAACGGGGAAGGUGGUGACAAUUUUCUACGCCAUUCUGGGGAUACCACUCAUGCUAUUAUGCUUGUCCAACAUUGGUGACGUCAUGGCUUCAUCUUUUAGGUUUCUCUACUGGCGUGUGUGCUGCUAUGUGUGCACUCGUCCACCGAAAGAGUCUCAUCGUCGUCAUUCGAAUAGACGGUCCGUCCGCUGCGGCAGUACCCGGGGCUCCACACGUCGUCGCAGACCGCUGGAACGAGCGCACUCAGAUACUGAUUGCAGGUAUCGUGAUAGCGGCUACAGUUCGCGCUCGCGUCGCGGCCGCCCCGCACCACGCACUCGUUCGCAGCCACCACCGCAGCCACCGCCGCAGCCGACAACUAGAGACAGAGUUUCAGGUCCAAGAGACUAUGAAAUAGAAGACCGCUCGCCAGCUAGAUACGAGAGAUAUGGACGAGAGCCGUAUGAAGAGGAGGAAGAGGAAUUUCCAGUGAUUGCAUUACCGCUUCAAGACUUACAUGCAGCACUCAAAGAUUUGGAAGACUAUCAAAAGAAGAUCCCACAUAAGCCAGAAAAUCGCAGCAAAUCUCUCCCUAGACCCUCUAAACCAAAACCAGAAUAUGGACCCAGAAGAGAUUUCGAUAGUCAAAGACAUUUUGAAAUAGACGAUGGAAACGAAAUUCUAGAAAUGCACGAUCUUCGUGACGUUGAUUUUGAGAACUAUAGAGAGAGACGGGCUAUAGAAGAAAGAGAUAGAAGGAAGAAAGAAAGAGACUACGGUCGUAGAGACAUUGAGUAUGAUCCGUAUGAUGAUGAUUGUGAAUUUGAUGUUCCGAGGCAUAGACGAGAAUAUGAUCGUAGAAUAGACCGUGGCAGAUCAGAAUGUUACGACAGAGACAUAGAAUACGGGCGACCAGGGCGGCGCGCGCGCAGCGCUGUCUACGACUAUGAGCGACGACCUGAUGAUAUUGAUAGAGGACGCAGGCGGCUCCGACGAUUGUACACUGUUGAGGACGCACCAAGGAAAUACGUUAAUGAUAGAUAUUCUAUAUCACCGGACAGAGAGGAGUGGAGUGAUGAACCACCGCCCUUGAGAAGAGGAAGACCACCAGCAUGGGGCUCUAGACAGUCGGAUAUCUACCCCGAUUCAACUGCAGGGCCAAGUAAAGAAGAGAUAAAGCCCGUCCCCAUCUGGCUAUGUGUGUUUCUAGUAGCGUCAUAUAUCGUCGCGGGCACAUUCCUCUUCAAGAGUUGGGAGGGCUGGGCGUACCUCGAUGCCGCUUACUUCUGCUUCAUCACACUCACCACCAUCGGCUUUGGUGACUUUGUGCCGGCACAGGGGCAGUCAGGCGAGCCGGCGGACGCAGUACAUUCGAUAGCGCUGUGCUCGCUGUACCUGCUGUUUGGUAUCGCGCUGCUGGCGAUGUCGUUCAACCUGGUGCAGGAGGAGGUACGGGCGCACGUCGCCGCGCUCGCUACGCAGUUAGGCAUCAUCAAGCGCACACCACCAGCGCCGGAACAGUGACGUCAAUUGUAGAUAUAAGACUAGUAGACUUGUGGCGGUACAAAUACCGCUACAGUUCUGCAUCGCGCGGCGAGCGACCAUAAUUUACACAAGACCACCUAUCUUGGUCGGAAGAUCUUCUCAACGUAUAUUCACACAGACUAGUUUAUGAGCUUUUGACAGAAAUAUCUAUUCAACACCUUUUUUGAUCUGUUAUUUUUUUGACGUCAGCCGUGCUACUGAAUAGAUAAACUUCGGUCAAAUAACUCAAAAAUGCAUCGUUGCAUAAUUAGAGGUAUAAUGACAAUAACCUCACGACAAUCAUGUGGUACAAUUUGAACGUAGGUAGUCUUUCAACUGCAAU